CGAGUGAGAGCAAAAGGAGGUUCUCCACAUCUAGGACUCUGCUUUACACCAACUCUGCCAGGUGGAAACCUAAUAAAAUGGAUAACAAUUUUCACAGUAAAGGUUGAAAACAGCUAAGAAAUCAGCACCAAGCAGCAAAGGGCUUUUCCCUGUUCCUGGAGAUCCUUGUGGUGCCACCUGUUAAGUUAAAGGGCUACUGGCUGAUUAUGCGCGAGGAAAAAUAAUCAUUUCUCUGACAUUUGUGGAGAAGUAGGCGUGCAUAUUUGGCACCAUGGAGGACAUCUUCAAGGAUCAAGACUUUUGGUCCUUCAAUGAGUCAUCUAGAAACUCCAGCGUCACCAAUGAAACUUACGGCGUGAACCAGACGGUGAACCCCCUGAAGCGGAACGAAGAGGUGGCAAAAGUGGAAGUUACUGUAUUGGCCUUGGUGCUCUUCCUGGCACUCGCUGGUAACCUUUGCGUCCUUAUUGCAAUCCACACAGCCAAGCACAGUCAAUCUCGCAUGUAUUACUUCAUGAAGCACCUCAGCAUUGCAGACUUGGUCGUGGCUGUCUUCCAGGUUCUUCCUCAACUCAUCUGGGACAUCACAUUUCGCUUUUAUGGACCAGACAUCCUGUGCAGGUUGGUGAAAUAUCUUCAGACCGUUGGGAUGUUCGCCUCCACGUACAUGCUGGUGCUGAUGUCCAUAGACAGAUGUAUGGCAAUCUGUCAGCCUCUCCGUUCUUUACACAAGCGAAAGGACCGUUGUUACGUGAUUUGUUCUUGGGCGCUAAGCUUACUUUUCAGCAUCCCACAGGUUUAUAUAUUCUCCUUACGGGAGGUGGGUUCAGGAGUAUAUGAUUGCUGGGGAGAUUUCGUGCAGCCCUGGGGAGCGAAAGCCUACAUUACAUGGAUUAGUCUGACAAUAUACAUCAUACCAGUGACCAUUCUGAGUGUCUGCUACGGCCUUAUAAGCUUUAAAAUAUGGCAAAACUUUAAAAGGAAGACGAAGAAGGACCCGUGUAUCACUCUCACAACCAAAACAUCGAAAAGCAGCGCGCUCACGCGGGUCAGCAGCGUCAAACUCAUUUCCAAGGCCAAAAUCACCACUGUUAAAAUGACAUUUGUUAUCGUACUGGCUUAUAUAGUGUGCUGGACUCCGUUUUUCUCCGUACAGAUGUGGUCAGCAUGGGAUCCUGAAGCACCAAGGGAAGCAAUGCCCUUUAUCAUCUCCAUGUUGCUGGCCAGUCUGAACAGCUGCUGUAACCCCUGGAUUUACAUGUUUUUUGCUGGGCAUCUCUUCCAUGACCUUAAGCAGAACCUGCUGUGCUGUUCCACGCUCUAUCUGAAGUCCUCUCAAUGUCGCUAUGAUCCGGAGCAAGAUUCCCGUAAGAGCAACUCUUCCACCUACGUCAUCAAAAGUACCAGCAGCCAGCGGAGUAUCACCCAGACCUCCGUCACAUAAACCAGAUGUACCUCCAAACCAUUUUUUCCCCCCCACAAUUUAAAAGCCAGAUGAAGGACAAGAAAGCUAAAAUGUAAACCCACACAAGACUGCAAUGCAAGCUAAAUGUCACAAUCAGUUUGCUUCAGCUGUGUUUUCGUUUGGGAAUUAUUCCAAAUUUCAUUUUAAUUACCCCUCUUCUUUUCACCCGUUUUCUUAUCUCUGAGGACCUUGAGCAGCAGUAAUCUAUUCCUUACCUUCAUGUAUUGUGCUUCUAGACAUUACAGAAGGAACGUUGUUCAAUUCUGACCAUGUUUAUGGUGUAUUGACACUAGUCACAGGUCUUCAUCGUUUAAACUGCUAUCUGAUUGUGCGUACACAUUCCGCUUGGCAUAUACGUGUCUUGGUGCUGGGCACCAAAAUUUGCAGCGCUUCAUGAAGCUCAUGAAAACAGGAUGUGGCUGAAUUAGCUUCGAUGAUUGUGGUACAAAACAUAACAGAUGUUAUGUGCCACAUAAAACCUUCGUUCACUAUCAUAGAUCUAUUUAGGAGAAGCAAAGUUUGCAUAUGGCCUGAACAGCCAGAUGGAUUUACACUAGGCCAAUUCUCAAACCACCAGAUCGAAUUUCUGACGGUCUUAAAUGUGUCUUAGAGUGUCCAAGUGUAAAUACCCCUGAUGUGAUGUAAACAUGCAAAAACCACUGAACCUUAAAAGGAUAGUUCUCCCAAAAAUGAAUAUUUUGUCAUCCAUUACUCAACCCUAUGUCCACCUAUAAAAUGCUUAUUCAUUAAAAAAAGGAAAGGAAAGCAGUGAAAUGUAAUAAAAUGCUCACUACUUAUCGUCAAAGAUGAAGAUUGACGUACUUUGUACGUACUGAAGACGAAAGCAGGAUUAUAUCAUUUUAGUUUUCAACUAAAAAUGGAAAACGUUUUUUGCAUUUUGGCUGUUUAUUUACACGAAAGCAGCGUUUUGGGGAUUCAAAGUGCAAGUUUUUGAACAAUACUGUUAUAACAACACCGUGUAAACUACAAACACUCAAUUUCAUGAAAACGGUGGCGUCAUGCGUAUUAUGUGUUCAGUCUAUUGGCACAUAGUGUUUCUUUACAAAGUGACAUCGCCAACUACUGGCCUGGCAUGCAUAAUACAGCGUUUUAAACGUUUUCGUGGAUCCGUUGUUUUGACAAUGUUGUUGUCUGUAUGCGAAAAAACCUUUCCAUUUUUAGUACAUUGUUGUCUUGUAAACGUACCCCUAUGUGUUACAAGGAGGCAACUGUCACUAGUAACACAAAACAGCUUACAUGCAGAUUUCAGAAGAGGAGGUUAACAACAAGAUGGGCUAGUGAGAAACAUGGCCAGUUGAUCAUUUUUAAUUAACUUAAUUGUUAAAAUAGAUUUUUAUGUUUAUUUCUUUGUUUGUUUUAAGAACACAAGCACUUUUCAUUGUUGGCACAUACAUGUUCUUGAUAUCACUGUACUUUAUCAUUUUACAUGUAAACUUUACUGUCAAGCCUAGAUGACCACCUCUUUGCAAAAUGUUUCUGCAAUGCAUCAUGGUAAUCAAAUAUGACAAACACCUGAUUUGUUUUUAAAAGUGAAGGACUGGUUGUUUACUCCACUUUUAUGGUUGUUUGACUUGUAAGAGAGUAUUUGUAAUCAAUAAGAUUAAAGUGUUUAUUCCACUUACAUAUUUUGCUUAAUAUUGCUAAAUACUUAUGAUUAUGUUUGUUGCUUCAUCUUUAUAAAAUAUUCUGAAGAAAAAAUGUUUAAGAGGACAAGUACAUUUUACAUAAUUUUUUACGAGUGCUGCAAGAUAAGAAGGAAAAAGAAAAGGCAGUAUUAUCAGCAGAAGAUAUUUAUUUCAUAAGGUUUAAAUACUCUAUUCACUGAAACUUUUGUUACUUUCCCAUUUAAAAAGCUACUGAUUUUUCUUCCUGAAAAAUUAUAUUGCCAAUUUACUUUUAAUAUGUGUAGCUGUAGAUUUUAUUUAUUGAAAUAAAUUGUAUGUGUUGAUGUCUAACUGUGAGUAAA